GGGUGUGGCAGGCUUUGUCAAGUCUCUAGGGCUGGGAUCCAGCUCCCUCCGCACUAGGCCGUAGGGCUGGCUCUCAUCAUCUUGAACAAAGCCGCAGUGUGUCAGCUAGGUGGGAGGAGCGGUCGGCCUGAGGGGCCAUCCUUGUGGGCAGUGAGUGGCUAGGAGGGCAACCGCAGGCAGGAACCUUGCCAGGGAGGCCAAGGAUGCCCCCGUGGGGAGGGCAGGGACACCAACCAGGGAGGGCACAGUAGUCAGGGCUGUUUAAGGGUGCACCAAGCAGCUUGAGCUGUGGAGAAAGGGGCUGGCCAGGCCACCAUGUGCUUUUUUCUCUUUCCUAGAACCUGAGUGACCAACUCCCGCCUCUACCAAGGAAGCCCAGGGCAGGGGUGAUGGCAGCCUUACUCCAGCCCCAGGCCGAGGUGACUUUUGAGGAUGUGGCUGUGCUCCUCUCCCGGGAGGAUUGGGCCCACCUGGGCCCUGCUCAGAGGGGCCUCUACAGGGAUGUGAUGCUGGAGAACUACAGGAACUUGAUCUCAGUGGGCGCAGGACCUGCAAGUCCCAAGCCUGGAGUGAUCUCACAGCUGGAGCGAGGGGAUGAACCAUGGGUCCUGGAUGAGCAAGGGACCAAGGGGGGAGAGCAACUAAGAGUCACCAGCCCAGGGCUGGCAUUUCCACGGCCAUGUUUGAACACUGCAUUUUAUCAGGAAAGGUCCAGGUGCUGUGUCAUGCACCCACUUUCAGUGAAAAGCAUUUCCAUUUCUGUGUACACAAGCCUCAGUCACGCUUUCAGUGGGAGUAUACCAGAGACCACCUGGCUUCUCUGCUGUGGACAGCCCUGAUGAUCAUCUCUCUGCAUGUGUGUCUGAUGAUCUCCUAGGCAGGAACACCUGGCCCAAAGGACUUGUAAUUUUGUUUUAUAAAUUUGCUUUUUUGAAUAUAAAUACUUAUAGGAAUGAGAAGAAUCCCAAGUUUUUCUUUUUCUUUUUUUUUUUUGAGAGGUUUUUCCUA